UAUUUGCGGGCUUUCCAUUUUUUCCCACAUAAAAGCGACUGGAUAACAUUGCUGACACGUAGAAGCAACCCAAACCAACAUCCAAAUCUAUGGCUUCCAUUCAAUUUCUCAAGAACUAGCAAAGACCAUUUUUUUAUUCUUUUGCAUAUAUAAUUGAGUUUUACCAUAAAUUCCCCAAUUUUAAGAACAAGAAUUGAUCAAUCUUGUUCCAACAAUGGCCAAUUCUGUACUCUCUUCCAAUUUCUUGGGUUCACAAAUCUUUGUCUCUCCUCCCACACCUAAAACCUCAAAGUAUUUCCAUUUUCACUCCAAAAGAAAGUGUCUAGUUACUCAAUCAAUACUCAACAAAAAACCCAAUUCAGAUAAUUUCAAGAAUGUUCCAUCUAAAGCUGCUUUAGCUGCUUUACUCUUUUCUUCAAUCACCCCACAAGCUUUUGCUCUUGAUAAUACAACCCCAGCACCACCACCACAAGUGCUUGAAGCUGAAGCACCCAAACCCAGUGCCUCAAAUUCAUUACCCUUUGCUCAAAAUAUCAUUUUGAAUGCUCCAAAGACUCAAGCGCAGCCUGCUUCUGACCUUCCUGAAGGUACUCAAUGGAGGUACAGUGAGUUCUUGAAUGCUGUGAAGAAGGGGAAAGUUGAAAGGGUUAGAUUUAGUAAAGACGGAAGUACCCUUCAGCUUACAGCUGUAGAUGGGCGUAGAGCUAAUGUAAUUGUGCCUAAUGACCCGGAUUUAAUCGAUAUUUUGGCGAUGAAUGGUGUUGAUAUAUCAGUUUCUGAAGGUGAAGGGGGUAAUGGGUUGUUUAGUGUUAUUGGGAAUUUGUUGUUCCCUAUUAUUGCUUUUGCUGGGUUGUUUUUCCUUUUCAGGCGGUCUCAGGGCGGCCCGGGUGGGCCUGGAGGACUUGGCGGGCCGAUGGAUUUCGGCCGGUCUAAGUCCAAGUUUCAGGAGGUGCCUGAAACUGGAGUGACUUUUGCUGAUGUUGCUGGUGCUGAUCAAGCUAAAUUAGAGUUACAGGAAGUGGUUGAUUUUUUGAAAAAUCCUGAUAAGUAUACUGCUUUAGGUGCUAAGAUACCAAAAGGGUGUCUUUUGGUUGGUCCACCAGGUACUGGGAAGACCCUUUUAGCUAGAGCAGUAGCUGGUGAGGCUGGUGUGCCAUUUUUCUCUUGUGCAGCAUCAGAGUUUGUUGAGUUGUUUGUGGGUGUGGGAGCUUCUAGAGUUAGGGAUUUGUUUGAGAAGGCGAAAUCUAAAGCGCCUUGUAUUGUGUUUAUUGAUGAGAUUGAUGCUGUGGGAAGACAGAGAGGUGCAGGACUUGGUGGUGGAAAUGAUGAGAGAGAGCAGACUAUUAAUCAACUUUUGACUGAAAUGGAUGGGUUCUCUGGAAAUUCUGGUGUCAUUGUUUUGGCUGCAACUAACAGGCCUGAUGUUCUUGAUUCUGCUUUGUUGAGACCUGGAAGGUUCGAUCGACAAGUGACUGUGGACAGGCCUGAUGUUGCUGGUAGAGUCAGGAUUCUUCAGGUGCAUUCUAGAGGAAAGGCCCUUGCCAAGGAUGUGGACUUUGAUAAGAUUGCCAGGAGAACACCAGGUUUCACCGGUGCAGAUUUGCAGAACUUGAUGAAUGAAGCAGCCAUCCUUGCAGCUAGGCGUGACCUAAAGGAAAUAAGCAAAGAUGAGAUAUCCGAUGCUCUAGAGAGGAUAAUUGCUGGCCCGGAGAAGAAAAAUGCAGUUGUCUCAGAUGAGAAGAAGAAGUUGGUAGCUUAUCAUGAGGCUGGCCAUGCCUUGGUUGGUGCACUUAUGCCCGAAUAUGAUCCUGUUGCCAAGAUAUCUAUAAUUCCUCGUGGCCAAGCCGGUGGCCUCACCUUCUUUGCCCCCAGCGAAGAAAGACUUGAGUCAGGCCUGUACAGCAGGAGCUACCUAGAGAAUCAAAUGGCAGUUGCACUUGGUGGAAGAGUUGCUGAGGAGGUUAUUUUUGGACAAGACAACGUAACAACUGGGGCAUCUAACGAUUUCAUGCAAGUCUCACGAGUAGCAAGGCAGAUGGUUGAGAGAUUAGGUUUCAGCAAAAAGAUAGGUCAAGUUGCCAUUGGAGGAGGUGGUGGAAACCCUUUCCUUGGCCAACAGAUGUCAACCCAGAAAGACUACUCCAUGGCAACAGCCGAUGUGGUUGAUGCUGAAGUAAGGGAAUUGGUUGAAAAGGCAUACGAAAGAGCUACGCAAAUCAUCACAACUCACAUUGACAUCCUACACAAGCUUGCUCAGUUGUUGAUAGAGAAAGAAACUGUUGAUGGUGAAGAGUUCAUGAGCCUUUUCAUCGAUGGCAAGGCUGAGCUAUUCAUUUCCUGAUUUCACCAAUGUAUCUUCACCACUCUAUUGUAUUAACAAAUAUACAUACAAAUGUACACAUUGAGAAAUUUAUUUUUCAUAUUUUGACAAA